CUCUUGGAUGGUGGCCAGGUAUAUAUCUUUUAAAAUUAGUGCUUGGACAUUGAGCGGAGUGCAUAUAGAUACAGUUACUUACUUUUUACUUUAAACUUCAUGUCCACAGGGAAGGUUAUUUUCGUUAUAACACUUUUGCUUACUACAAUUGGGCUUUGCUCUAUUCUGGUUUUUUUAAAACCCAUUGUCCUAGAGAAAGAAUUAAAAAGAGAAAAUAGGCAGACACUUAAACUUUUAGAGGAAACAAAGUUAACCGAUCUGUUACCUAAGCAAGAAAGUCUUUAUGAGGCCAGUGGUGUUAUAUUUUUAAACUCCUCUCUUUAUAUUGUAUUUGAUUCUGAUACCUUUCUUGCCAAAAUUACAAACUUUACACAUAAAUCUCCCGAUAAUAGUUAUAUCUUUUCAAGAGAAUCAGUUGAAUCAGAAUUUGAAGGUCUAUCUUAUGACAGUGUUAGCGGAAAUCUCUUUCUAUUACAAGAAGCACUUCGGCAUCAAGAAGCUAACCGCAAGCCACGCUAUAAAGCCAAAAUUAUUGAAAUUUCUAUAGAUUCCGACCAAAAAAGUUACACUCUAGUGGAAAGUUGCAGGGUUGAAUAUAAUUUUAAAACUAAAAAUAAAGGUCUAGAAGGAAUUCAAAUCUUUCGAGGAGAAGAUGGCGUAAAGACAGCUUACCUUAUCUGUGAAGGCAACGACUGCGAAGGCGGAAAAGCAGGAAAAAAGGGAAGAGGCAUGGUUCUUACAGCUAUUUAUAAAGCUGCUACUGACCAAUCAAACUGCUUUUGGGAAGUAACUAAGAAAAGCGAGUUGCCUCGAUAUUUACACUUCGAAGAUUAUUCAGAUUUGUCAAUUUCACGAGAAUUUAAGCGUGCUGCGGUAAUUUCGCAACAGGACAGCGGUGUGUGGAUUGCUAAUAUCGAGAAUGUCAAAGAUGUAGAUUGGUCCCAAAAUGGAGCCGUCUUUGAUUUUCCUCGGUCAAAGAAAAAUAAAAUCUUUUACUGUAACGUGGAAGGUGUCGCUUUUCUUAAAGCGAAUAUUAUUGCAGUUGUUAGCGAUAAAGCAAAGAAAAAACAGCCGAACAAGUGCACUCAAAAAGAUCGUAUGCUUCACAUCUUUGAAAUUCCUGAACACAGAAAUAUAAGAGAACUUCGUUUGUAAAUUAAAAUAAACUCC